UAUCUCCAAAAUGCGGAUUGGUUGCUAUUGCGUGUUCUUUGUGCUUUCGGUGAUUGGUAGAGUGGUGCAAUCCUUCGUCCACCAUCCAAUAGUGCCUGCGGUUCAAAGUUUAUCGGACAUUCGUAUAGCCGUCAAAAAUUCAAAAAAUAUUUCUCUUAAAGAUUCUAUAACGAAGGCGGUUAAAAAAAUGUCCCACGAGGAAAUACGACAAAUUAUAGAAGAGAAAGCCUUAGGGGCCCCAGAAGGAAAAACGCAGGCUCAAAUAUUAGAAGAAGUUUACACACAGAUUGAAUCGCAAGCAAAGGAGGUGGCGCUUCUCCAAGCGAGUUUGCAAGCGAUACUUAAAUCACAGGCUCAAGCAGAGGCUCAAGAACAGGCUCAAUCACAGACUGAAUCACAAGCUCAAUCAGAAAGGCAAGCUCUAACUCAACAUGAAGCGCUGGCACAACUAGAGCUAGCUAAAGCACAAGCUCUAGAGCAAGAGAUAGCGCUAACUGAGCUUGAAUCAAAAUUACUGGCUCAAGCUUUAUUACUGACUUAUUCAGGAGCAGGGUCACCGGCUCAGUCACAAGCUCAAUCACAGGCCCAGUUACAGGCUCAAACACAAGAGCAGGAUCAAUCAAGUGAACAAUUCCAACAAAUAGAGGAAGCUCGAGUCCUGAUUGAACAUGAACUCACAGAGCUGGGUGAGGCACAAAAUCUAAUUAUGGAAAAACUUAAAUACCAAACAUCAGCACUACCACAAGCGAUUGCUAUUGGGCCUCGAACAUGUAAUCGAUGCCAGGAAACGCAUAGCUUUUCACAACAGGACAUCCAAAUGGACUCCAAGCUGCAGACAGAUGCCUUGAUCCAGAAGUAUGGUUAUCCAUCAGAGACCCACUACGCGAACACAGAGGAUAGAUACAGAGUCUGUUUGCAUCGAAUUCCCCGGCCAGGAGCCACGCCUGUCAUGUUGGUCCACGGCCUGAUGGGCAGCUCAGCCUCUUGGGUGCAAUUCGGUCCAUCUUCCGGCCUGGCCUACAUCCUCUACCGGAAGGGCUUCGACGUCUGGAUGCUCAAUACCAGGGGCAACGUAUACUCGCAGGAGCGUGGCAGAGGUCACGAGAGCGACCAGAAUUACUGGGACUUUUCCUUCCACGAGAUCGGCCUCUACGACAUACCGGCUGCCAUCGAUCUCAUCCUCGGCCAGACCAACCAGCCUAGCAUUCAGUACAUUGGUCACUCGCAGGGCUCCACUGUUUUCUUUGCGAUGUGCAGCUUAAGACCCAUCUACGCCGCCAAGGUGAAGCUCAUGCAGUCCCUGUCCCCAACUGUCAUCAUGAAAGGACUCCGCAGCCCAGUACUUAAGUUCAUGGGCAUUUUCAAGGGUGGCUUUAGGAUGCUGUUGAAUCUUAUCGGCGGCUACAAGAUCUCUCUGAAGAACAAGCUCAUCGAUCGGUUCCGUCAGCACAUCUGUCCAGCCUCCGUACUCACCAGUCGCAUCUGCGCCAUCUUUGAAUUCGUGGUCUGCGGCUUCAACUGGCAGAGUUUCAAUCGGACUCUCAGCCCCAUUGUGGAAGGCCACGCCUCGCAAGGUUGCUCCGCCAAGCAGCUCCAUCACUUGGCCCAGAUGCAGGGCAAAAAUGCUUUCCAAUAUUACGACUAUGGGCUUCUCCGGAAUCGUUUGCAUUAUCAAUCCUUACGUCCGCCCCGCUACAACCUUUCGCUUGUGACCAGCAAGGUGGCGCUCCACCACGGCGGAGGCGACUGGUUGGGAUCCGAAUCCGAUGUGACCCAGCUCCAGCAGAGUUUGCCCAACUGCAUCGAAAAGAGGAAGGUGGGAGGCGAGGACUUUUCACACUUCGACUUUACGAUCUCGCAGGACGUUCGACCUCUGGUCUAUGAUCGCGUCAUUGACCUUUGCGGUACAUACCGUUAGACGUUGAAACGAUAACUUACUAAGGAAAUAAUAGAAAUGCUGUUGGCAGUUUGGCUUUGCCACAUCCCAAAUCGAUAAAAGAUUUAUUUUUUGUUUGGCUCUGAACAGAUUACAAAAUAUUUUACAAUAAUAAAUUUACAUUAUCAGGCGUGCUCCAAUUUUCACUUUA